AUAAUUUAACACAUUUUCACCGAGUCAGGACCGAAAGAAACUAUUAUUUCAUCGAAGUUAUUAAUUUAUCGAGGUUCUGCUGUAUAAUUUUUUAUUAUUUUAUUUGACCUAAAUAAGCGGUCUAGUGGGACCCAAACCUUUUGAGGUCCAAUUGGCCACCGUCACUAAUUAGAAAACAAAACGCGAUCUCAAGCCAAAUAAAUAUCAAACACGUUUUCUCUGGUCAAAAAGUCAACCAAAAAAGAUUACGGGCAAUUGCAAAAACUGAACGGGUCUCUUUCCUAUAUUUCCAUUUUCCACCCCAAAAAUAUUAGUAAUUUCACUUUCAUCCUUUUUCUUUCAUUCCUUCAAAAAAAAAAGCAGCGAAACAGAACCAUCAACUUUUGCGUGAAGAAGAAAAGAAAAAAAAACAAUGGGCGAUCAUUUAGCAAGGGGCGAGGAUUUCGAGAGCAGAGCCGAGAAGAAGCUCGGCGGCUGGGGAAUAUUCGGUUCCAAAUUCGAAGACGCUGCCGAUUUGUUCGAUAAGGCCGCCAAUGCGUUCAAACUCGCCAAAUCAUGGGAUCAGGCUGGAGCAGCGUAUGUUAAGUUGGCCAAUUGUCACUUGAAGUUAGAUAGCAAGCAUGAAGCUGCUAAUGCAUAUGCCGAUGCUGCUCAUUGCUACAAAAAGUCGAACACAAAAGAGUCAAUUUCAUGCCUGGAGGAAUCUGUCAAUUUAUUUAUGGAAAUUGGAAGGCUUAAUAUGUCUGCUAGAUAUUACAAGGAAAUAGCGGAGUUGUAUGAGCAAGAAGAAAACUUGGAGCAAGCUAUUGUUUACUUCGACAAAGCUGCCGAUCUUUUCCAAAGUGAAGAUGCAACAACAUCUGCAAAUCAGUGCAAUCAGAAAAUUGCGCAAUAUGCAGCUCAAUUAGAACAAUACCAAAAAGCCAUCGAGAUUUAUGAAGAAAUAGCACGUCAGUCGCUCAAUAACAGCUUGCUGAAGUAUGGAGUAAAAGGGCACCUUCUUAAUGCUGGUAUUUGUCAGCUCUGCAAGAAUGAUGUUGUUGCAAUCAGCAACGCAUUAGAGCGAUACCAGGAUUUGGAUCCAACAUUUUCUGGAACGCGUGAAUACAAAUUGCUAGCGGAUUUAGCUACUGCCAUCGAUGAGGAAGAUGUGGCCAAGUUCACUGAUGCAGUCAAGGAAUUUGAUAGCAUGACACACCUGGAUGCUUGGAAGACGUCACUUCUAUUGAGAGUAAAGGAAGCGUUGAAGGCCAAAGAGCUAGAGGAUGACGAUCUUACUUGAACUUAUUUUUCUUUAAUAGCGAAAACCUCCAUUUUUGUUUCUUACUUGUGACUUUUUUUGAAUUUUGCAUUUAAUUAUGAUCUUGGUUUUGUGGGUGUUACUACUUGAUUUGUUCUA